GAAUAUUUUCAACAUCUUUUUUGCAUACUUUCUCUGAUAAAUUAAAUUGCUUUUAUCCUUAAAUAAAAAUAAAACAGUUUCGACUCAAAUGUCAAAGAUACUUCGGCAUUAGGUUUUCAGAUAAAAUAAAUACGUAAAUACUUCGUAGAAAUAAAAUCAAUCAUACGCAUAUUAUCCGAUAAAUUGCUUUCAGACGCCAUGUCGUGGCGAGAUUCGAAAGCUGUAAGAACUUUCUACCUGGACGGUCGCUAAGAUUGGUCAAUUGAUGUUACGAAAACGCAAAGUAGAUUUCCUUUAAGCAAAAUGUUUAAAACACGCGCUCCUUCUCGUCGAUAAUGUUUUAUCUAUUAACGUUCUGUCUUCGUGUAUUUCAAAAUAGCUUUGUACAAACAUACCCGUAUCUUUUUCUUUUACGAUAUUAUGUUUGAUAAAGAUGCUAUAUAAAAAUAAUAAUCACGAAAGUAACAUGUAUUUCUAUAAUUUUUAUGCAGUCAUUAACGAAGAGAAAAUUAAUCUUUGUUUCAAUGGAAAAAGGCGCUCGGCAAGUGGCAAAGAAAUUUUUCAAACAGUGAAAUAUUUAAAAACCGAUAAUCGACGGCGGAAUUUUUUUUAAUACAAAGUAGUACGUGUAGUAUCAGCUUUAUUUUCCUGUCCACUCGCUAACUAUCUGUCGGUAGAUAUAAAUCACCUGUACAAAUACCUCGAUUAUAUCUUAAUUGAUUAACACAGUCUAGCUGGAAUAUUCACCCAUUAUGUAUUACAUAUUUUUCCUUUUAAUUUAAAUGACUUGUCCUAUUUUCUAUAAAAUGCGUUUCUAAAUGAACUACGUGUCAUCGUAUAUUACACUAUACUAUAAGACCCUAUCGUUCACCUUUCUAUCAAUUUUAUCGGUAGUACAAACGAAGGAACGAUAGCUUAAAUUGGAAACGGAACAAAAAGUAUAUUUUCCCUCGAAUAUAGAAUACAACAAAAAGCUCUACCAGUAAAAUAACAAAUAAACGUUAAAGAGGUAUAGGAUAAAUUUAAUUCUAAUUCAAUGCGAUUCUGCAAUGUCAAUGGUAGUUUUUCGCAGCUACGUUCCCAUGGUUUCGAAUUGAUAAUAAUUACGUAGCCGCUAUUUCCAAGUAUUCGUGAAACUAACUCCCAAUAUCGAGACGUAUAAUUUCGCAAUAGAAUUCGAAAGGCUUCAAAGAUUAUUAGUUGGUUUUCGAACUCCAAGCGUAAUCCUAUACCGAUACGUUACGCUAUACCCAUGAUAUUACCUAUUAAUUCCUAUAAAUGGUAAUUAUUGUUAAAUUAUUGACGUUCACGCCGUAUAAUUUACAUUAAUUUUAGAUUUGAGACUUUCGCCGCGUUUAUCGCUUUAGAACGAGGGAAUGCCUAAUAAUGUCUAUACCACGACUAUCAAAGGGUAAUUGCAAUGUGCUAGCCUUCUACGCAGAUAAGUAACCGCCGGAAAAGUCCUAAGGAUACCGAGGCACUAUACGCGCUAUAAUUUUUGUACAACUUUUUAAGCGACCAGUGAUACAAAGAGCAUCGCCACAUGGAGAAUAGAAUGUUAAUUAAUGAUGCAUGUGCAAUUGAAAACGAAGUAUUCGAGUAGUUUGUCAAUGAUUUUGUACGCUGUUUGCUCUUUUUAGUAAAUCAUCGUUUGACCGUUAAGACUGCGUUGACUUUAGAACUUUACGUUGAAGAAUUUACACAUAUUUCCGCGUCUCGCACUUUCUAUUCCUCGUUUUAUUUUCUAAAUCUUACGUUCCCUGCCUCGUAUCUAAUACCUACAAUUCGAUACUGAUAUCUCACACCCAAUAUUCCCUACCCCUUAUCAUUGCUCCAUUCCUCGCAAUCAGCACCCUUUAUCCUGUGUCUCGCAUCUCGUCACUUCCACGUCCUAGUUCAAUAAUCCCACGCUCUAAACUAAUGAAAUAAAAUGGUUCAAAGGUAUCUGUAUGACCCUAUAGACUUAAAAGAAUUUCUAAAAAUUAUUCGCAAUGUUUGCAACACGGUGAUCCAAAUCGGUAUAUAGGUCGUACAAAGGAUCGGUAGAUAAGGUAAGUUUAUAGGUAAGUUAAGGUAAGUUAAGAACAAGAACAAAUAAAGUUCUCGGGAAAAAUUUCAGGCUUCGGAUCAGGAAAAUAUAACCGGCAAAUAGAUGACGCAGGAAAAUCCUGCGUGAAACAAUUCCCCUGUUACGACACAUUCUCGAGAAUAUGUUUAGCACGAAUUUCUCGGCAACCGGCGGGAAUUUUUCGUUCAAAAUCAGGGAUUUGUAUGGGGAGAAUGUAACGUGUAAGUUGGUGGUAUGCGAGAUCCUUUGGUGAAACGGCUCUUCCGAUACGACGUUGUUUCGAUAAAUUUAUCGGCAUAUAGACUGGAUGUAAAACGAAUUUGAGUUUGCCGAGGGCCCGGUACACGGUUUAUCCGCGGUUGAACCGGUGGUAUCCGUUUGAUAGCAGAUAGCAGGCCGAACGACGCUGGUAUGUUCUCAUUACGCGUCGUGUAGGUAUGCGGCGACCAGUUCGUGUUCUCCAUGCUUCGAGAUCCGUGCGCGGUGCGAGACCACGUUUCCUCUCCUUCUGCUGACGCGCGGUCUUUCUUCAUCGUCUCCUUCUUGCCCUCUUUAUCCUUUUCUACGGUGCUCCUUGGAUCAGGAUUCAGGCUUCGUUCACACUGACCACGUGGUUGGUCGGGUAUGAGUUACAGAUUCGAUCUUCCAGCGUUACAUUUUUCCCUAUCCUUGAUCCACGCUUUCGUUUUUCACGAAACUCGAGAUAUUCCUAGUAGCUUAUGCUCCCGGUGGAACCAUUUUUCUGUCAUUCGUUCGAACAUUCGUUUGUCCCCGACCAGUGUGGAAAUCUCAUUCGAUUUCUUUCUUCUGUUCGUCCCUUCCCGCCCCCCCCUUCUCUCGACGAGUUUGUUCCUUUUGCAUAAGUUAUUUGCCGGUUUUCUUCGUCUCAUUUGAAGCUUCUUCGGAACGAUAAAGAGAAGACGGGAGCGAAAAGCAACCGUGACGUCCGAAUUUUUGGAAAGAUGCGACUACGGAGGUCCUCGACCCUGGCAUUUCUGCCGGCUUAUUUUUAAUUCGUUCCCGGUCGAGUUUGUCCUUUUGAGAUUCCUUUAACAGGCACGUAUUUAUCUUAAAGUUUCGCGAGAAGUCUCUCGCUCCUCUUUUUAAUCUUCCCGCUUCCUUUUAGUUUUGCGAGGCCAUCCGUUUCUUCCUCCGGUUCCCGUGUCGCGUUCUUUUCUUUUCUCUCGGGUUCCAUUGAGAGAAACUGCGGAUCCGCAGAACGCUUAUAGCGUUAUUUUACCAUUCUAUGACCGUCCCAGAAUUCUCCUCUUCCUCUUAGUUACACCGUUUUAUAUCUCCUAUUUUCCUUUACCUUGUUCGUUUCAGCGUUCUCUCGAUUAAUGUACGUUAUAGUGGCAUUUGCGAUCUUUUCGUUCGGUGAAUUAUCGCUGUUACGUUAUAUCGUUCUUUCGAAUUUUGCAUCGUUAGGUACCUUCUUAAGAAGAACAAUGAUUAUUAUUGCUACACUGUUUGCUUCCCAUUUUAUACAUUGAAUCUUAAUUAUCCCUAUCCGUUGCUUUUCAGUAUUUUUCUUCCUAUUUUAUAACCCGAAACGAAUAUACACCCAGCAACAACACACGCCUUAAUCAUGGUCAAAGGAAUAUUAAUUUCCACUCUGCUGGGUAUACACUUCACCACGGUUUUUCGUUUCCCUUGAAGUUUAUUUGGACUAAAAUAUAAGUACGUUCGCAAACCAAUCAUUACUAUACUGCUUAAAUUUUACGAUAUUACUUCCUUAAUUACGUCGCCGUCAUCUUUUUGUUGCCUACAGUGCGUCUUUAAUCUUCAUCUUGUUCCCCAAUCUUCGUCAUCUUCUUGAACGCUCCUCGAAUGGAAAUACCAAGGCAAAAAGUAUGCAUAUACUUUAGGGAGACUUCGUUUGGCAGGGAUGCGUUUUUACUCUUUGUACAGUUUCUUCCUGCUCCGUUUCUCUAUCCUUCUUCUCCUGGCAAUUCCUUCUUAGCUGUCGUGUUUUUCUAUCAUUUCUGCGCGAUACGACUAAAGCUUCGUUCAUAAUAUAUUUCUCGCAAUAUCGGAUAUUAACUCUCUCGACGAAAGAAGAAGCAUCAGCGACGCAAAACCAUUUUCCAUCAUUUUUUUUAAUUAAACUCGCUGCUGUCCGAUUAUUCGCAAGAACGUAAUAAGCCGUUUAUUCCGUACCACGUACCAUGGCGCAUCGAUCACAGACACCGUAAUUAAAGCUGUCUACGAGUAACAUAACUCUAUCUGAUCGCGCAUCAAAACUCCAUACAUUAACGAUAACACCGUACCUGCAGUUUCAUACAUAAUGACUCGCGAUUAUCGUUUCACGCUCGUAUUUCCAUUUAUUCAUCGAGCGGAUGCAAUUUCUACGCAACUGGGGCGGAAAUAGGGGCAGUUACUCGACUAGAAUCGAUUCGCAUCUGAAAAUUUGCGAACAAGCACGCGUUACGCAUGGGGCGCGUGCACAUCGAGCGCGCUAGUCGCAAAUGAAGCGGUACCGUAAGCAGACGCUCGCCGGCAACACACGCACCGCGUGCAAUGUGAACGCCCUCGCCUGUAACCACCGACUUUUGUUCGCGUUCGAUGCAUCAAAAUUCGACGCAUGGUAUUCCGUGUUUUAAGGUAGAUCCACACGCGACAUUGUUACCUCCCUCCGAAUACGAUACCGUGCAAAAGUGUUUAAGCUUCGUUUCGAUAUCGGCACUGUACAGAAUGCGACCGAACGAUACGAACAAGUGGAUACAGGGCGAUUCUUUAUGGAAAAAUAAGAGGAAGAAUAACGUUAGUAUAAUGUUUCAUUUUUGAGAAAAUCGAGUUUGAAAAUCUGUUUUCAAGCAUACUCGAACGUGUAUAAUUCUGGAGUGGACGCCAGCAAAAAUAAACGGCAGAACGUUGUUCUACGUGCGAGAAAAUGUCGAAAAUGUGGAAUAAAAUUUGUUCGGAGAACGCUUUGCCUCCGAGGAAAAUAAACUUGAAAAUUCGUCACACACUCGUACCAGGCUGAUCUUUGACUUUAAUGGAAAAACUUUUCUCUCUAGCAUCUUUUGCAGGUAUUCGCCAUUUACGAGAAAAACGCUGGGUACCAGAGAUCACUGAACACCCUGUAUACGUAUUUUUUAACACCACUCGAUGAACAGAGAUACAGAAGUUACAUUUAGUUUUCAGAUCGUCAACGUUUCUUAGGAGUACAAUUUUGUUAAUUAUUCGCAGAUGUAGCACUUUCUAACUUUUAUCGACGCUAUAAGACCUCCAAAUUGAAACGAAUCUUUUCUAGAGUUACUGAACGAGAUCCGUAACAGGUAACGGUUUAAUAAACCGUGAACAAAGGAAAUUCGUCCAUAACUUCGACGAAAGCUUUGACAGGACCGAUUCGACGCGGAUUUCCUCUCCAUGUUUCCCUUAAAUUCUUCAAUUAGAUCAAAUUCGAUGAAAUCUUGGUAGAAAUUCAGCCAACAGAGUUGGACUGCUCGUCGUUUCUCUUCCUCUUGGAAGCAAGGAGUCGCUCGCCCAGUCUUCUUCCAACUUCCAGCACGGUGGUGAUCUUGAUAACUUCCCGGCGUGGAUGUGAUGGUGGUGGUGGCGAUGGUGGUUGGUGGUGGUGGUGAGAUAGCGUCGGUGGUAGUGGCUGCAUGUGGUCGGGGGCGGAAAGAGGAGAGGGAACUAGUUCAGUGAACAAAACGACGGGAGAGGCAGUUGCACGCUGUAGCAACGCCUCGCGUGCUGUCGCUUUGCCUAAAAGCUUGUACGGAUCGAGUCCUCUGACCCCCCGAAACCUACCAUUCGCGUUUUAAUCGGUGCGUGGCUUUCUCGCACUCUCCGAUGACUUACGAUGUGCGAAGCGGAGCCAAAAAUUCUUCUCGUACGAUUUUAACGAGAAUUUGGUGCAACUUCGUCUUGUCUUUUACACCGCGUUCUAUGAUUUUGCACGCGGUAACAGUAGAUUGUUUCGUUCCUCGGGAAGAGAGUAUCGAGGUUUAGACUAUUGGUUUAAAAAUUAUUAUAAAACUCUUCCAACUGUUAUACUUCGGUCUAGAAUCGAGGAGACAGGGAUUUAGCGCGUAAAGUACAAACGAAUAUAUCGCCACUGAAACCAUUGAGCUGUUAAACGUUUAAAUGCAAAUUUAAAUUCUAAUACGAAACUGUUCUGUAACUUUAUCGUUAGCGUCGAUCCUCGUUCUCACACGUGAGAUCACGUACAACGUUGUAUUUUGCAUCUGAGUACCGCGAGCCACUCCGAUAUUUAAAUGUAAAAUACCUGUCGUCGGAGACCCAUUUUUUUUCUCACGUAAAGGAACCAUGUUGACCUUCUCCCUAGCAUCUGAGCCUUUUAGGGAAAAGGCUCGUCACCGCAUACCGUUACCGUAGCCUCCUCCAGUAAUUCGUCAAUGUUUCGUCACCAAACCCUUUAGCGUUUUGCAUUUACAACUCAUUACUCUUCGCGUAAAUCGUUUAAAUUUGUAAGAAAUCUAAUAACAAUGAUCUUUAACGUAUUUUUAGAAAGAAUAUAUCGAUAGAUCAUUUUUUAAAUAAAUUUCAUCGACUUAAAUUAUUCGAACGAUUCUUUUAGCAAGAAACUGAUCUUCUAAAGAUUACUGUAAAAAGAUCAGAGACAAUUUACGCCGUUAAUUACCAUAUAUCCUGCCAUGCUUGCUUAAUCAGAUUUUAAUUCGAUCUCGGGCUACCUCGCGAGUACAAAAGCAAUGGAGUAUGCGAAGAAAAAACUUGUCAAAAGCGUCCAUGGAGGUUCUUUGUCGGUACAUUGAGCGAUAUAGAAGGCCAGUAAAAAGAUCGACUACAUUAUCUCUCCGAGAUGCUGCAUAAAAACGUUCCUCCGCAGCUGAUUCGUCCACAUUGGCAGGUACCUGCAGCGUUUACACGACGCUACACCCGACAGCGUGUCGCCGGCUCGUGAAUACAAAUGCACCUGCAGGUAGACGUUGACCUACGCACAAUAGCGCACGAAAGACGGAAAAAUUCAUAGCCGCUUACGGUGAAAAGUAGCCACGAUCGAUGAUCGACGACAGCUUCUGCCUCGAUCGUCUUUUUCGACGAGCUUGGAUCCGAUGCUCGAUGUUUAUUCGUUACGCGUGAGGUUAAGCUCUCAAACGUCGACUUUGAUUCUCCCGAACUACCGCAUCAACGAUUCCUUUUUACUUAGGAGGUUUAUCUCUGUCUAAAGAAAUACGAGCAAAUUUUUUCUGCAUUGAUUUUUAUUAUUGGAAAUUCUUUCGUAUUUAAUAAAAAGCGAAUUCGAACGAGUCGUUCCUUCUAUUCCGACUGGAAAGAACAUCGAUCGAACGAUAGCAGUGGCGAUGAGAAAUCGGUUUUUAUGGACGACAGUACGUUUUCUCGUGACGCGGAACAGAAAUUCACGGGACAUUAAAAUAGUCGAUGAACGUCGAUGGAUCAUCAAUGGGAGGUUUGUUCCGGCGUUGCUGCGGAGAAAACGAUCUGAGAAGGCCGAUAUUCGAGAAAUUCGUCUUAAUAUUCGUGCCAGGAGGUCGUCUCGAUCGCCGAUCUAUCGAUCGACCGUUCGAACCUCGUCUAUCAGCCACCGGCGAAUGCUCGCGUUCGCCAGCCGAUUUCGUGACCGAUUUUUACCAAAGAGUAGAAAGCAAGGUGAAUAGGGAACCCCAAUAAUAGCCAGAAUACGAACCGUAUCGAGUUGACCGCUGCAUAAAUAACGCUGAAACCGUGUCCGAUUGGAAAUUCUCCUUGCGUAACAAGUAAAAUGAAUAUUUUAACCGGAUAAUCUUGGACAUUACGGACAUUUAGCGAGAUUGCAGUAGCUGUGUCGCUAUUCGAUGAAUAUAUCGACCAGUACCUCUGCUUUUUCGCUAGAAACGUCUUAUUUUAAGCGAUACUACUCGUUCCGAUAUACCGCUUCGUUUCUCUUUCCAGAUUAUUUCGUCGAAACGUACAGAAAGUAAAAUGUAGCAGCUACGUCGGCAGUGUUACAUACGUAAACAAUGGAAUAGACGCGACACGUGCAUCGGUAGCAGCGAACGCGUAAACUAUAUUCCACCUCCUAUUGCCGUAAAAAUCGUCUCUGGCGGAAGGACACAGCCAGGAAGCGUUCGGUUGCGAAGCGACUGGACUCGGAAGGAAUCCGGAGCAGUUGCUCGUGGCCACCGCGAGGAGACGAAGGCAAGUGGAGCGAAAUCCACGAUCCAUGAACUAGAACCAGCCUCGUUCUUCCGAGACACUCGAUUGGAUCGGUUCGCCGGUGUAAAACCGGCUGGGCGUCGGCGGCGGCGGCUGCUGCCAGCAGAAAAGAGACGGAAAGAAAGAAAAAGAACCGCGUGCUCUGCCCACGAGGGAGAGGGAUGGACUGGAUGUCGACUGGCCCGGGAAGAAGAAGCAAGAGAAGAGAAGAAGUAAGGAGAAAGAUCGAGGCUCGAUCUCUCUGAGUGCCUCUGGCCGCUGGUCUCUCCCCUUCCCGCCCACCAUCGACCGAUCUCCUUCUUCAGUGCCGGCGCCGUACGAGUUUCCUACAGGUGGACUUACAACCUGCCCCACGAUUUUUUACCUUCCGUUACCCGUUCGCCCGAACUUCGCCUUUCGAACGUGACGCGAUCUACCUUCAUCUUUGUUUCUAGUAAAUAAUGCUUCGACCGGCUGUUACCUCCUCCUGGAAUUCGACUUUCCUCUUAUGUACAGGUGCUUGAGAUCUAAGACGAACAAGGAGUCUUCGAGUUGUUGCACGGUCCAUUGACUUUCGGAAGGAUCGAUCAGGUGGACAAAAAUUUUCUUCGAAUAAACAAAGUUCUCGGCGCUCGUUCCCUACGCGGCAGCUGGGCAAUUGUUCGAGCAGGAUGCUGAACGCGGAAGGGUCUCGGUCCCAUUGCUAGGGCCUGCUCCAGGUUCUGCUGCGUCUCGGUUGGACUCCCAUUGGCCGGUUCCAUCGGACUCUGUCGCACCGUCGUCGGCCAGAAGCGAGGCAGUCGGAGCACAGCAUCCAGCAGCAGCGCUACUAGCGGCAGCCGAACGGAAAGACUCCCAGGUGUCAUCGGUAUGCCGACGGACAUCGUGGCGUCGUCGGCCUCGGCCUCGGCUACGGUCUCGGAGGAGACGAGCAGAGGUCGGGACCUGGGCCUUGGGCCGUCACCAAGGACGGCACCGACUUCAACGGGCGCAUCGUCCUCAGGAUCAGCGGCACAGUCGACUUCCAGGGGCUUCGACCCGUCUAGCGCCCUGGCUGCCUAUCAUCACCAUCGACACGGCUUGGUAGCCGGCUUGGGUCACCAUCAUCACCGCGAAUCGUCCGCGUUCGUGCCCGUGGUGCCUUCGAGGCUGCACUUGGCGCCCUAUCCGGCCGACCUGCACCCUCACUUAACCGGGCCACCACCUUCCUCGUCGAACGCGUCGAAUCCGGAUCACGAGGUCGGCGCGGAGUCGUCCGUCGCGAGAAAAUCCUCGUCCAGUUACGAGAUUAUGGCUAUGAUGGCGGACAAGAGGAAGGAAUUAGCCGCGAGGGCUCUUCUGCUUCCUCCGCCGCCUCUUCUCGAACCACCGCCCGGUUACCCGGUAUUCGCAGGUCCCUUCCCGGGUGGUUCGGCGGCGCUCUAUCCGCCUGGUGGGCCCUUGGCGCAUCAACAUUUGGAUAGGAGGCUCCUAAGGGCGCCGGGAAGGGCGUCCAGGCCUAAGAAACAGUUUAUCUGUAAAUUCUGUAAUCGACAGUUUACAAAGUCGUACAAUUUGUUGAUUCACGAACGGACGCACACGGACGAGCGGCCGUACUCGUGCGAUAUCUGCGGCAAAGCGUUCAGGAGGCAGGAUCACCUUCGAGAUCAUAGGUAUAUUCACAGCAAGGAGAAGCCGUUCAAGUGCGGCGAGUGCGGCAAAGGUUUCUGCCAAAGCCGUACCCUAGCCGUGCACAAAAUCCUUCACAUGGAAGAAUCUCCUCACAAAUGCCCGGUCUGCGCUCGAAGCUUCAACCAACGCAGCAACCUGAAAACCCACCUCCUCACUCACACGGAUCACAAACCUUACGAGUGUACCUCGUGCGGCAAGGUGUUUCGCAGAAACUGCGACCUGAGGAGGCACGCGUUGACGCACGCGGUAGGCGACGUGCCUCCCGAAGCGUUGGAGGAGGCUCUCAGGGACGACGACAGCCCGGAAGAGGACUGCCAGGAUGCCGGCUCGUCGUCGUCCGCGUCCACGACCAACUCCUCCUUGCCAGCUUCCGCGACGAACGCUUCCUAUCCCUCUCAGAGCUCGUCCGGACCGCCGCAACCGCCUCCAGCGCCAGCUUCCUCGUCCACCCUUCCACAGAGACCUCAUCUCCAGAUCAGAAGAGACCUGCUUCCGGCCGUAAAGCCGUCCUCCACGGUAACCAGCAGCGCAACUGGCGGACACUCUGUCACACAGAAUCCUCCUGGUGCGCUCCCACCCCCACCGCCAUUGAUUCUGACCUCGUACAGACGAAGAAUCGGAUCACCCGGACCGUCGAGGGUGCUGCUGGAGCUGCAGGAACGCGAGAGGGAACGAGAACGAGAGAUGGAACAGAGUAGAGAAAGAGAACGCGACAGAGAACGAGAGGAAGAGGUGUCACGACCACCCAGGGCACCCACCCCUCAGCCGCCACCUCCACCCAGACCCGCCCCAGCCAGGCAGGGGUUCACUAUAGCGGAUAUAAUGCGUCGGUAGAAGGGACAAUGUCGCAACGGAGAAUACCAAAUGAUCGUCUGCUGUGAAAUUGGAUUUCGAAGAAGGGGACUAAUUGGUGCAAACGAAUGGAAUCGUCGUGGACGUCGUUCGGAUAUGAUCCGAGUGAUGGGGUAUUUUGUAAGCGAUACAUUUGUAUCUGGAUGGUAGAGAGUACGGGGGAAGAGGAUGUUGCGUGUUAGGACUUUUACAUGGGUGGUCCAAGUGGCGUAGGCUCGUACCUCGAUAAUUUAAUUUCGUUUCGGGUGAUCGCGGUGAUUUUAUCACGAUACAUGGAGCGAGUAUAUUCCGUGGAAUGUUCCGACAGAUAUCAGGUUACUAUUUUAACGUUUCUUACGCGUGGAUUUCCACCGAUGCUGCUUGAUACGGAAACUAGACGGGAAUAGGCGUUUUUUUUCUAGGAAGACGGAAAAACGUCGUCCUUGAAAAAAUGCUACGAGACUUUCCUUACGAGCGAGCUUACGUCAAUUCGAAUUCCCAGCCUUUGUGUAGUAUAAAAGAAUGAAACAUGCCAAAUGACGAAGAUCGUUUUACAACGGUGGAAAUAUCGUCACGACGAUCGAAUGGUAUUGUUUUUUCGAUUUGAUCGACAAUUGCAAAACCAUUGCUACAGACUGUGGUAUUUUUUAGUUCAUUAAACGAACAAUGUAUAAAUUGUAUAAUCUUUUUCUAUUACAAAAUUAAAUGGACAUUGUAUUACUUUAAUUGUUAAACGUUAAAUGUUAAGUAUUCGAUAUCUUUUUCUUAGGAGAAAGAUUAGUUCGUAGAUAAUAUAAUAAUAAUUAGACGCAACGUUAAUUAUAUAUUACUGUUACGAAGAGCGUUUAUAAAAAGAGCAUUUAUAAUUGUUGUACAUAUGAAAAUAUUAGAAAAAGAUUGGAAAUUUAUCGAGUGAUUGAUCUUUAAUUCAACGAUGAACUAUAAAGAAAUUGCAAAGAAACUGUUUUAUACGAAUCUUCAAUCGCUGUAGAAAAAUGGCAAUAUCUGUUUUUCGAUACAUGAUCGAAAAGCGACUAUAACGAAUCGUGGCAAUAUUUUUACCGUUCUUCGAUACGAUUUUAUGUCGCGUUGGCAAUUGAAAGAAGUUUUUAUCCGUAGUUAUAUACGUAUAUGGCUGUAUUUUUAUAUUCGAUAAGGGUGGAGAAUAGGAAGAAACAAAGAAACCUUAAGAAAAGUACAACGUGGAGAGGUUGGAAGCGUUAACAUUGACAAAAUUUUAUCAUAUUGGUGCAUUGAGAGGACGUUUGUACAUACAAUUACGAAGUCUAGUUAAUCUUGCAACGACUAAUCGUAUUUUAUACGCUGCGAAUGUAAAUUUCGUACUUUUUCUAUCGGUCAUUACGGAUGAAUAUUCUGCCGACUAUUCGCCGAGUCGUAGAAAAAUUUAUUCAACCGAUAUCGACGUUUCUUACGAUUACGAUAUCGAUUUUCAACGACAAAGAAUGUGCCUUAUUUUGUAUCGUACAAAGGACGAUGAGAUGCGACGGAGUAGUCGAGAAUUCUUUCGGUCUUCCUCGGUACGUUUUUCGAAAAAUCUCCACAACUUUUUCCAUCGACGUUCCAUCCGCAUAUUUAUCCAUAUUUCGGUAACGUUGGGAAAUUUUCUAGAAGAAGAAAAAUUCAAAAUCGACGAUAGUACGAGCCUUCGAGUACACCCGUUCAGAAAAAAGAAGCGACGUUCUCAUGACUUCCAUGAUACUCGCCGACUCCGCGAAGAACAGAAAGGAAGAAAAAGAAAAAGAACUUGAAAGAUUCUCGAUAAAGGAGAUGCCGUAAACGAAGAUCGAAACGGGAGGAUUGUAAAACGCCUUCAUUGUCUGCAACGACUCAAGGAGGGGAUAAUGCAAAUUUUUCGGCCACAGGAAGAACCUGUGCCACCGUUGCCACAGGUGACAGGUGCAAUAGGGUGUCGAAGCUACUUGGUUUAGGUGGUACCUGCUCUCUUCUAAAAAUAUUCCUGACCCUAGACCGUCCCCCCCCCCCUUUUUUUCUCCUAUUCUACCGGCGGAGAGCAUCAUUAAGGGUCCUUUUGUGACCGAGGAUGCACCGUCUAACCGCAACGAUGAUCUCCCCUUCGGUUUUACUACUGGUCGAAACGCGUUUCUCUUCUAGAAGAAACGUCUGUGGAAUUUAUUCGUCGAGCUCGCUUCUUCCUUCGGCGUUUAACGCUGUCCGUUGUUCAACUCUUCGAGUCGAACGGUAUUUCACCGAGAACAAUGCCAUCUUUGCAGUUUUUAACUUGCCACUUGUUUAUCGAGCGGAUGAAAAUUGUGCGAUAGAACGGGAACGACACUGAUUUGAACUUUGCAAUGGAUAGUGUACCUUUUUUUUUUUUUUUUUAAGAAGUUGUUCGUUUUAAUUAUUAGGUGGACGAAUUUGAAAGAAGAUGGCGUUAAAAAUAUUUCUUUGAAAAGAUUCGGAUUAUUUAUCCUACGAAAAAGCCUGAAAAUGUUUCGACAUUUACUUGACGAUACUUUCGCCGUAUUGUACGAUCGUUGAGAAUCGUUGAAAAUCUGAAGAAGCAGCUCGUCGAGAAGUGGAAGACAAUUAUAUAAACCGUACGAAACGAAAUAUCUUUACGAGAACGAAAUGAAAGCCAUUAUACAACGUUGUAAUUUUUAUCUCGAAGUACACGUUAAAGUAGGAAUGAAAUUCCUAGGCCUAUGUGUAUAAGCGCGAAAGUGAUGGGAAAGGAAAGAAUGCGUUUGUGUAUGAGUGUGCGAGAGAAAGCGAGAGGGAGAAAGUGCGAAACAAAAGAAUUAAAAUAUUUUGUACUAUUUUUUAAUAUACCUACUGUAUAGUGAUAUAUGGAAAUGUACAAUGUACUAUGUACAACGAGCUCUGUUCCGCCGAAUGAACUAGAAAUUCGCGGAUGGUUUAAGUCUCUUGUUAUUUUCUAUGUUAUUAAUUUACGCCAUGCACGAGCAUCUAUAUUUUUAGAUUUAUACGAGAGUUAAGUAAGUUUGUAAAUUAUAUUAAGAAAAACGAAAUAAAAGAUAUUAAAAACA